AUGGAGCGUGUGCGGGGAGCUGGGGCCGUACUGGUGGUACUGGUGGUACUGGUGGUGCUGGGAGCCCCCCCGGCUGCGGGCGAGGAGCUCUCGGGGGUGUUCCAGCAGAUGAUAAAGUACGAGUGUCACUUCAUCAACGGCACCGAGCGGGUGAGGCUUGUGGGGAGGAACAUCUACAACCGGCAGCAGCUCGCCCACUUCGACAGCGAUGUGGGAGUCUUUGUGGGGGACACCCCGUAUGGGGAGAAGGUGGCCAGGCACUUGAACAGCCAACAGGACUUUCUGGAGCACGCACGGGCUGCGGUGGACACGUUCUGCCGGCACAACUACCAGAUCGCCACCCGGUUCCUUGUGAACCGCAGAGUGCCCCCCAGCGUGUCCAUCUCGUUGGUGCCGUCGAGCUCCCAGCCUGGCCCCGGCCGCCUGCUCUGCUCCGUGUUGGAUUUCUACCCUUCCCCGGUGCAGGUGAGGUGGUUCCAGGAUGGGCAGGAGCUGCCGGAGCACGUGGUGGCCACCGACGUGGUCCCCAACGGGGACUGGACCUACCAGGUGCUGGUGAUGCAGAUGCCACAGGACACCGUCCGCAGCACGAUCCUGGUGGGGGUCGGGGGCUUCGUGCUGGGUUUCAUCUUCCUGGCGCUGGGGCUCGGCUUCUACCUGUGGGAGAAGGUAAAGGGGAGCUCCUGA